CCGCUUCUUGCCCCCCCGCGGGUGGGUGCCGGGAUCCAAGAUGGAGGCGGUGAGCAGAGCAGGGCAGGAGAUCAGCCUGGCGGCCCUGAAGCAGCACGACCCGUACAUCACCAGCAUCGCCGACGUGACCGGCCAGGUAGCGCUCUACAGCUUCAGCCCGAAGGCCAACGAGUGGGAGAAAACUGACAUAGAAGGGACCCUGUUUGUGUACAAAAGGUCGGCUUCUCCUUAUCAUGGUUUUACGAUAGUGAAUCGACUGAACAUGCACAACCUGGUUGAACCAGUAAAUAAAGAUUUGGAGUUUCAGCUCCAUGAACCUUUUCUUCUCUACAGAAAUGCUAGCUUGUCAAUUUACAGUAUCUGGUUUUAUGACAAGAAUGACUGUCAUCGAAUAGCAAAACUCAUGGCUAAAGUGGUAGAACAAGAAGCUCAGAGAUCACAGCAAGUUUCCCAGGACAGAAAAAGUCCCAGCAGGACCAAUGGCUGCAAUGAAAACAGACCCAUUGACAUCCUGGAAAUGCUCAGUAAAGCCAAGGAUGAAUAUGAACGAAAUCAGAUCAAUGACUUAAGUAUUGUUUCAAGUUCUGGAAUACAACAAAAUGCAAAUCCUCCAAAGCCAGAAAGCACAGAACCUUCAGAACAAAAAACAUUACAAGUGCAAGAGCAGCCAUUUCAGUCAAGGCAGAAGCAUCUGACUUUGGAGGAACUGUUUGGAAUGUCUGUACCAAAGGAACAGCCCACAGCCCCAUAUCCCAGUGCAGAGAGAAUGGAAAAGUUACAGACUGACGCCUCUGCCAGAGAGCAGCACAAUUUGCUUUUGCCUUUUUCCUUUGACCAGUCAACAGUAAUACAACAAUCACUAGGGAAAUCUGAAAGUCCAAGUGUUAAAACCAGUGCCAAUCCUUUGACUCAGCAAGAAUGUCUAACACCUAUGCUAAUACCUCCAGCUUCAGUUUCCCAGCCUGAUGUGAAAAACGUUUCAAGCUAUUCAGUUCGUUUAAGCCCUGUUCUUAAUUCAGCCUCGACAAUGGAAGCUGCCCCUGCUCAGAUGCUUCCUGGACUGAAACAAAGCAACAGUAUAAUGCAAGUUAUGCAGCAAGCUGCCAAGCAGAUAACUCCACUAGUGAAUCAGCCGCCAUCUGAGGUGAACCACACUCCACAAAAUCUAAUGCCUGGACAAAGCCAGCUUAUAGCACCCUUGACAUCAACAAAUACAGGAACUGUCUCAAAUACAUCCCAUACAAGUGUUGAUCUUCUCCAGAAACUCAGGUUGACCCCACAGCAUGACCAAAUGCAACAGCAGCCUCUCAGUAAGACUUCCUUAACAUCAAACAUCUCUGCCUCGGUUGGCCAGCUUGCAACACCAGAAAGUUUCAAAGAAUCUCACAGUAAGCCAUCAGCCUUGAACAGCAAGAUAAUCUCACCCCUUCAGACUGUACAACAAAACAAGGAAUCAGAAACAUAUCCACAGCCGAAGACUUUGUCUAAAGCAAGUCAAGUUGCACCUCCACAGUUUGUUACAGCCACAACUACAGUAACACCUUCAAUCCUCUUGUCGCCAAGUGUCUUUCAGCAAUCAUCUACUAAAGCUACUGAAGUGGAGAAUAAAGCCACUUCUUCUUCGCCUUUAACACUGGGAGCAACAGAAAUUCAGACGAUACCUCCUACUGUUCUCAGUAGGUCUCAGCUUCAAGAAGCACUGAUACAUCUAAUAAAGAAUGAUUCCCGUUUUCUCAGCACUAUUCAUGAAGUCUACUUGCAAGUCCUAACCAAGAAUACAGACAACAUUAAGCUAUAAUUGAAGCUAGAUCUACUUAAAACGUGUUCAUUUUAGAAACAUUUAUGCCUCGUCUAUAAAACUAUUAUUUUUGUAAAAGAAUAUUUAGUUUUCAACGUCUUGAAUUUGAACCUGUUAGGAAAGACUAUUCCUUAAAUACUUACAAAAGUAAUGUUCUCAGAAGUGAUCUAAGUUUUCACUGUGAUCAUCACCAGCAAACCUUUGUUUUUAUUGGGGAGGGGACUUAAGUUGCAUUUGAGCUCUCAUUAGCAUAAGGUGAAUGUGCAAAUGUUUGCUCUGGCUUUCAUGCCUAGCUGUAUUCACUGUUUAAGGAUUACAGACUCAAUACUAUUUAAACCAGCAAAUACUAUGUACAGUACACUACACCACAGCAGAACAAAAUUCAGUUGUGGGAACCUAGUUCCAGUCUGAGGGACUGAGGAAAGCAAAAUGCCUUGUGAUUAAGUUGGCAGGUGUGGGAAAGGAGCAGAUCUGCAAGCCAGGCCUUUGGAGCUAACAAAAUGUUUAAAAAUGUGAUUUGCUCAGUAUGUUGACAGUCUCUAUCUAAUGCACGUAAUUUUAUCUUUUAAAUAUUGUGUUAAUCACAUUUGUUUCUGCAUUGCUGACAUGAAACAGGUAUCCAAAUGGGUAAGGUGGUUUUCUCUAAAAAGGCAAAAUAAGAAAUACGCAAAUCCUCAGUGAUUGUAUCUCCUUGGUUUGUGCUUUAAAGCAACAGAGUAGCUCUGUUGCAUGUUGAAGUUGGUUUAAAUUUACAGUUAGGAGACCACCAUUGGAAGACCCUCUUCCUAUUCGCAGUGUUUGAUAUCAUUGAAAUACUUUGUUUCCCUUUAGCUUAAGAAUGGACCAUGUUGGCUUUCAUUCCUCAGUUGUGUUGGAACUGGGGUGUUGAAAACUAUGCAGAUGGGGAACAAAUGCAUGCUUUUUUUCUGUUGCCCUCUCCCCAGGUUGUUUGUGCAUAUUUCAUAGUCUGAAGUUUAUCUAAUUAAAAUGCUAUUGCUUCUUAUAGGUGAUUUAGUAAUUCUCUGUUAACUAAUGUAAGAAUUUAACUGGAUACUUUCCCAUUUGAAAUCAGAAAAUUUCUAAUUAUAGUUUCUUAUGCUGCUGUGUUGGUUUGCCCAUAGCUUGCGUUUAUUUCUUAAAGGCAUGCAAAGGUAAUUCAUAAGACUUCAGGUCCCAACUUUUCCCAGCAAUAGUAGUUUUAAAGGAUGCUUUUCCAGAAGAAAAGUUUUGGUUUGAGUAAAAAGAUAAUCUGUAGUGAGUUGUGAUGCACUGCUUCUUUCUUUCCCUCAAGCACUAUUGAAAUAUGAAGUAAAAAAAUGUUUGUCUCCUUACAUAUAUGUAUAUAUAUCCUAAGGAUUAGCUGAUGUUGACAUAGUCAAGGUGCAUGUUUAUUUCAUUGGAAACUAGUAAUUGAGCUUUAAUUGUGACUUGUUCACAAAUCAGUAUGUUUUAGAUACAACAGAUAUUUACAUUUUUAUGUAUUUGAUCUAUUUUAGUUCUUUUCUUAGCUUUUUAGUAGAAAAUAUAUAUUUUUUAGCACUACCUGCCUUCUAAAGAGUUCCUCUCAGCCUUUGCGUUCAGUGUUUGCAGUUAAAUAUAUAGUAUUUUGUUAGAAAAAUGUGCAAGAUUCAGGGAAAGAUGCUAAUGUCAUGCACAUUCAUCAAGAAAUAUGCUGUCUUUAAUGGUAGCAUUUGAAUUCAGCAAUAUAAACUCAGCUUUCUUAAGGAAGAUAGGAGCUUCAUACCUAAAUUCUGGAGUUAUAAUACUGUGUAUGCUCAUGAACAGUGAGACUCAAAUUACAUCUAUGGUCUAAACUAAUUUGCUUUUGUAGAAAAACUUUCACUAAAAGGGACAAAUCAAUGAGCAGUUCCUCUGAACAAAAAUGGAUAGCCUAAACCAAAUAGAGUUGCUUUUUAUCUGGAUUAAGCAAAGAUUAAGUCUGUAACUUCUUACUUCUUAGGGACAAUUUCUGGUUUCUUCAAAGGAAGAUUUGAUAAAAGUUUCUAAAAGUAGAAAUAUUGGAAGCUGAUAGUAUACGUUGGUACUGUUUGCUAAAUGCAGUUGUAUCCAAAGAUCUAUAGAAAUGAUAGGAAGAAGUUGUAUUUUGAGUUCUUCAGUCACAUACAGCUGACAAGAGUAAUACUGUUUAGAGCAGCGCUGAUGUUAUGAGAGUUUAACUCUACUUUGAGUAUCCUUAACUUGUUUCCAGCUGUCCAGGAACCCCCACAAGCAGCUGGCAAAUCCUUGCUUUACUUUUGGCUUUGUAGUGUACUAGAAGCAAUACAUCAUCGGUUUACUCCCUCACACACUUUCACAAUUAGUUGGAAGACAGUUGAAAACAUAGUUAACUAGGCAGGCAUUUCUACAAGCAAACUUGUUCAUCUUGAGCACCUGAACUUGUGUAUUCCAGCCUCUCUACGUGUAGCCAAGACACUGGAACCACCACAGAGUUACAGUUUGCCGCUUAUGGCUAGUGCCAUGGUAGUGUGUUUAACAGAUAAACUCUUUACUUAAAAGUUACAUUGUAAAACACAAGCUCAAUUGCAGUAUAAAAUUUGAAUCUCUUUUUUAAAUGUGGACUGUGCUAUUUAACAACCUUUUUCCUGAUUGUUUUAACUUUUUGUAGAAAUCUAAAAUUACCAGCUUGCCGAAGUGCUUGAUUCACAUUAGCUGCAUGUAGGGAUAACUGGUGUGUAGCAAGUUACUGUGGGUCAUCACAAACUAUUGUGACCAUUUUCAAGUGACUUUUUUUUAUUAUUUCUUAAAACUACUGGCUCAAUGGGAUUUUAUCUAUUAGUUUUGAGAAUUAAAACAUUAUUAGUUUAGACUAUACUCCUCAAAUUCAUUUUAUUAUCUAAGCACAUUUUUUUGUGGCUAGCAUUAAGUCACUUUGAAAGUAACAAAAAAAAACCGGACACCAAACUCACACCUAGUAAAAGAAAGUUUUAAAACCUGCAGCUGCUGAAUUGUUCAGGAAAAUCAAAAUCCUUAGUGUUGUAGAUAGACUUUAUCAGCUGUUAUUUAAUAAUGCGAAGUUUAUAUGAAAGGUGCCUAACAAUUAUUAACUUAAAAGCAGAAUCUUUCCAAAUUAAAGAAGAUUCACAGAAUGAUUGAAUAAAGAUUUUAAAAAAUAACUGAUCUUGAUUUAAUAUAAAAUCUUUAAUUCUAUGUAGAAAUAACUCAAUACUUACACACUUGCUGCUGGAUGUAUCUCAUUUUUGCUUGCAUUUCUUAAUUACUUUUUUUUAUAUAUUUUUGACAACCAUUAUGCCAUGUGUAGUCAUUGAUACAAUUUCUGAAAUAUUUUUGAAAACAAACUUUAAUUUGGGACUACUUGUUUUUAAAAGUAUUCUAAACAAAUCAGCCACCUUUUUUGCCAAGUAUUUGAGUUGCUUUGUACUGCAUAUCUUAACAGGAGGAACGUGUGCAAUAUGUAUCACCUCAGUUUUGUCUGGCAACAUUACAAAAAUGUUAAUAUGCAAUAUCUUCCUUUCAUUUCUAGUUGGAGAAAUUGCAGUAUCUCUAAUUUGGUGGUGUAUUUAUUUUUAUCUAUUCAGUGUAUGGGCAUAUGGUUAGUUAGGGGUUUUUAUGUACAUUAUGUGCUUUUAGUAAUUUCUGUCACUUCUGUGGAUGCACCAGUUGUACCCAUUUGCAUGUUCUUUCAAUAUGAAGACUAUGGGGAAGGGGGGAUUCAGGAAAGAUCUCUGGAAACUGAGAAUAAUUGUCAGUCAAUAAAUGUAGAUACUGCAUCAUUAACGUUUUUAGUAUGAUACGGAUUUUAUAGCACCUAUGUAUGUUUGCUGUUAUUAAGUUAUUGCAUAAAUGUUUAAAAUGAGCAUUUUUUCAUCCAAAAUUUUGUAUGUUUGCAAAUCUAUUUUUGUAAUAAAACUUCAAAACAAAUGUUUCAGCA